CGCGGGGCGGAUAGCCGUCGGGGCCGGGGCGGCUGGCAGUGGGCACAGGCUCCCCGGUGCCCGCCCCUCCGCCGGGAGGGGGGCGCGAGCGGGCGGCCGGGGAGGGGCCGGCACCGCCACGGCAAAAUGAGCCUGCUGUCUGCCAUCGACACGAGCGCCGCCUCGGUGUACCAGCCAGCCCAGCUACUCAACUGGGUCUACCUGUCGCUUCAGGACACACACCAGGCUAGUGCCUUCGAUGCCUUCCGGCCCGAGCCUCCCGCCGGCGCCGCGCCCCCGGAGCUGGCCUUCGGCAAGGGCCGCCCUGAGCAGCUGGGUUCUCCCCUGCACUCCAGUUAUCUUAACAGCGUCUUCCAGCUGCAGCGCGGAGAGGCGCUGAGCAGCAGCGUGUAUAGGAACGCUUCGCCCUACGGUUCCCUCAAUAACAUCGCUGAUGGCCUCAGCUCCCUCACCGAGCAUUUCUCAGACCUGACGCUCACCUCCGAGGCCCGCAAGCCCAGCAAGCGGCCUCCUCCGAACUACCUGUGCCACCUGUGUUUCAACAAAGGACACUACAUUAAGGACUGCCCUCAGGCACGCCCCAAAGGUGAGGGUCUGACGCCGUACCAAGGCAAGAAGCGCUGCUUUGGCGAGUACAAGUGCCCCAAAUGCAAGAGAAAAUGGAUGAGUGGGAACUCUUGGGCCAACAUGGGGCAGGAGUGCAUCAAGUGCCACAUCAAUGUGUACCCGCACAAGCAGAGGCCCCUGGAGAAGCCUGACGGCCUGGAUGUGUCUGACCAGAGCAAGGAACACCCUCAGCACCUCUGCGAAAAGUGCAAGGUCCUGGGCUACUACUGUCGCCGUGUGCAGUGAUCUUGGCCACCACUGUAGCACCCCUCAGCUGCCACCUCCCUGUGUUGCCCAAAGGGCUGAAUGUCCGCAUGCUUGAGGAGAUGUCACAGGCCUGUGGGCUUAAGCAGAGGAGGCGUGUGUCCUUGUCUCACACGCUGGCAGAGUAGCUGACAUGCUCCCAACAGGGUGCAGAGACAGGAGGCUCAGGGACUCUUCACCAUAGGCCUGGGUUCUGUAGAAGGACAGAGGCCAGCAGAGGUCUUGAUGGUCUUGAAAGCUCUCAUCCUCAGUGUCUUUGGGGGCUGAGCGACCCUGCAUCUGCCACAAAUACACUAAAUGAACUGUGAAUCCUGAGGCCUGUGGGAAGUUCUCCCUCCAAGACCAACCAGGCCCUGUCCCACCCAGCACCUUGCAGCUUGCCUCGUAUGAAAAACCACUCUAGAAAGUCCCAAGUCAUUCCUGAUCUGUAGCCACAGUGGACAGUCACUUCUUCUAGCAGCUACUGAGGAGUGGCCCUCUGUCCCUGCCCAUACUGAGUCCUUAAUCUCACCAGCCCUGACAUCACUGCACUGUACCUGGUAGCUAAACACAGCCUCCCUCUGCCAAUGAGACAGGCAAGAGGGUCAGGCAAUGGGGACAUCAAGCAGUGACCAGUGUGCCAAGACAUCCUAGGGACAUGAGGCAUCACCACUUCCCAUGACCUCCCCCAGACUGUCCUGUAGGCUUGGGUUCUGUCACCUGCUCUCUCUCUUUACCCUUAGCCUCCCACCCAUGGUCGGGAUGCCACCCCACAAAAGCUGUAAGGCUGUUCUGGCAUGAAGGAUGGGGGCCUUGGCAGUCUGGAGCCGCUUUCUGCCACUUGGGGCGAGGACAUCUCAUCCCCAGCCUUAGUCUCCCCGUUAGUUAAAUGACGAAGUGCCACCAGAAAGCAAGAGGUCCCUGUGAUCUCUGAACUUCUAGAAGAGAGCUGGCUGCCUCUGGAACACAGAAUGUCCCUGGGGGUAGGGGGUCGGGGGAGAUUUGUCUCUAAACAUCUAGGUGCCCCGCCCUCCAGCCUCUGUCCUGAUAGCCACUUAGGAUGUCCUCUCCUAUAGCCCUCCUUACCUGAUUGUUGUUCCCAUCCCCUGAGAAGACGAGAGAGGACCCCUCCUCCUCCUCUUCCUCCUCAGCCCCCAACACUGGGCAAGCCUAAAAUGAGCCACGGAAUCUCUCUUUUGGAAACUGGGGACAGAGAUUUCCUGCUUCCUAAGGAGGCAGAGAGAUUACCUGGCAUGUCACAUGGUCGCAGGGUGGCUGUUGUCCUGGCCAGGGUCAGCAGUGUGCCCCCUACCCUGUGACAAGCCACACCUCUCUGGUCUUUUUCCUCUUCACCAGCUGCCAGGACUGAGUUUCUUGACUUUGCCUCAUACUAUGCUUCUAUGGAGAGAGAGAGGGAAAAAAAAAAAUCAGACCAUAAAAUCGGCCUGAAAUUCAGUGUUUACAUAUGGUGCCCAGUUGCCUUUUGUUUUCAAAUGAAAAUGUUUUGUACGACUGAUGUGAAGUGUUAAGCAAGGGUCCAGGGGGUAAGUGGAAGAGAUGGUUGUAUGUCUGCAGCAGCUAGCUGCAGGGUAGAUUUUGGGAGAACAUACUCUCUGAGCACUUAACAAAGGUAUUAUCUGUGGCGGCCCAGACUAUUAGCUGCCACCGUGCUGCCCUCGAGUGGUAGCAUGCUAGGCUGCAGACGUUGAGCACCCAGCACCAAGGACUCAACAGUCUUGCUGCUGCACUAAGGCUGCCCCAUGCCAAGCUUCCUGUUGCUAAGAAAGGGAUUUUUUUUCUGUUUGGCAUCCCACUGGGACUCUAAAGAGGGUGUUCACAGUAAUGGACAGUGCACCUGUGUCCCAAAUGAGGACAAAUUGGGAGUAGGUAAAUUGGGUCAAAGAUGCAAAGAGCUAGCGACAGUCUUCAGAAAGCCAGGGCCAGUAGAAGGUGAGCUAUCAGCCUAAAGGGACCAUUUUGGUCACUGGACUGAUGUCUGUGUACAGCCAGGCCCCGCUCACCCGUCCUGCUGAACGUGUGAUCUUCCUGAGGCUAGCAAAAGAUGCCACUGUCAAGGCUGGGUGCCGGGAAAGUCAAUGCUCAGAGGGCCUACAAGCCCAGGGGACAGGAAAGCGUGUGGUUGUAGUACACUCAAAAGGGACAAUCGCUUGCAGUCGGUAGAUCUAGUGAUCUAGUUGAGAGAGAAUGGUGUUUACCCCAUAUGAAGUAUUCAAUAGCUCUGCUUGUGAAUUUCUAUUUAUUUUGAGUUAUACUUGACACAGAAUUCUUUCUUUUUUUUAAAAAAAUGCUAUGUGUGUAUUUUGGGAAAAAAUUCAUAGAUGUUAAAAUUUCUGCAUGGUUACCAGUUUUUCUUUGGACAUGGAACUUGGUAGCCUUCCCCCAACCCCCAAAUUCUUCAUAAUGAUUUUUGUUUGUAUAUAUUUGAGGGUCUUUUUUUUUAAAAAAAAAGAAAAGAAAAAUAUGAUGGCUUGAUACUAUUAAAAUUGAAAACAACAGAAAGGCAUGCGCUUAAAUGUCAGUGCUUUUGAAAGCGCAAUCCAUAUCAAACUGAUUUUUAGAUGUAUUUUGCAAGUCUGGUUGAGCUAUAAGAAGAUAUUUAUGGUGAGAACUUUUCCUUUUUUUUCUUGUUAUUUUUUCUAUGCUUUGGUCUGUAAAAAGUAUGCAAGUGAACUAGAUUAAGGAGGAAAUAUUAUCUACAUAGAAUUAUUAUAUGACGCUGGUACAUAAUUCUAACGAGGAAAAAAAUCUUUGCAAUCUUUUAAGCUAUGGGUUUUUUUUAUUAAUUUUGUUUUCCUUGGAUGAAAAUAUCAGUAUUAAGCAGCCAGUAUAUUAUUCAAGUGUUUAGACUUAUUAAUAUGCUCUUGCCCUGUAUUUAUACAUAUGUGUAUUUGGAAGUAUUGCCUUUUUAAGGGAAGUUAUCAGUGGGCAACACGGUAAAAAGGGAACAGCGAUCCUUUGUGCCUCUUCCGAUGAAGAUGACAGGUGGCAUGGAAUCUUUCCCCCUGCAUCUUUGUGUUAUUGCCUUGUUACUACAGUUUUAUUACUUUUUAGGAGAAGGGUGGGGAACGGACAAACGAAGAGGACUCAUCGAACAAACAGACCCUUUGGUCUGUGAGCCCAGUGGCCUUGUCAGCAGGACCCAAGGAGGUACAAGGACCCCGGAGGAGGUUCCAGGCCUGCCUGGAAGCCCCAUGCUCUUUGAUCUUGGAUCUGUCCACUAAGCCCUCACACCUGCCCCCUAGCUCUAAUGGACUUGAAUUUACUUUAAAGUCUAAUCCAACCUCACUACAGUGUAGCCAGUGCAACAACUAAUACUGAAAUGAAGGGUGUGUGCAGCCCUCUGGGAAGUGGCAAUGAGGCUUAUCCCCUGCUCUAUGGCCAACUUCCCUGUACCAGCUCCUGCAGCCCUGUGUGGUGACCCUGUCUGUGUCUGUAUCUGUUCGUGUGUGUGCACUCAGCUAAAAAGACAAACAGAGCCCGUGAGCCCCGCCUGGAGGGUACAUGGAGAAAGUUCCUCCCCUCCCUGAAAGGGCCGGCCUCGGGGUGGCAUUCCGUUGUGUGCCUUAUUCCUGGAGACUAUAUAAAGCUUGCCUAUGAAAAUAUAGCCUUUCUGUGCUGUAUUAAAAGGAUUUUGGAAAGA